AUGACCAAGACGAUGAGCUAUCCCACUCCUCAAACAACCACAAUCGAGAACCCCCGACUGAGGCUUCUCAACAAGCUCAAGGCUGGGGAAUUCCCGGUGUUGACAUUCAUGGCUAUUCCCUCCGUCAGAAUGGCCCAGAUCGUCUCAUUGACUGGCCUCGACGGCAUCGUGGUCGACGCGGAACAUGGCCAUAUCGGCGAUGAUGCUAUGCAUAACUCGGUGGCUGCCAUUGCCUCCCUCGGUGUUUCACCCGUUAUCCGAAUCCGAGGCCCCGCUCAUGAUAUUUUGAAGCGCGCUCUGGAUACCGGAGCCCACGGCAUCAUGGUUCCCCAGAUCAACAACGCCGAAGAAGCACGACAGGUCGUCGCAUCUUCCAAGUUCCCACCUCAGGGUGUCCGUGGUCAAGGCUCAGCGUUCCCCGCCAUUGGACAUGGUUUGACGACUCCUGAAUAUAUGAAGAGUGCCAACGAGACCAUCAUCACUAUGCUUCAGAUCGAGACGAAAGCUGGUGUCGACAACGUGGAUGAAAUUGCCGCCGUUCCUGGUGUUGACCUCCUAUUCAUUGGACCUAAUGACCUUGCUCAAUCUCUUCUGGGUUACACUCCCGCUCGUGGGGAUGAGCCGGAAUUCGUUGCUGCCAUUGAUAAGAUCAUCGCGGCUGCAAAGAAGCAUGGCAAGUGGUGUGGUCGUAUGACGAACGAUGGAGCAGCAAGCAAAGAGGGACGGAAAAGAUAUGAUAUGGUCUCGAUGACUGGAGAUACCAAGGCGAUUCAAAAUUGGUACAUUGCGGAGCUUGAAGUUGCUCGCUCAUGA